AUGGCAAAAACUGAAACUGAAAUCGACCGAUCCAUCGACUUAGAGUAUGGUGACUUUAUCAGCCCUCUGUACAAUUCAGAAGACAAACAAGCUGAAAAGAAAGAUGUUGAACUAGUGGAAGAAUUGAAAAGAGACGACGACAGUGAACUUUUUAGCCAAGACGAAGGUGAUAUCGAGGAAGUCCGAGGAAUGGAUUCAUGCUUGGCAGUACAACACCGUUGGUUACAAGUUUGUGAUCCAUGUGAGGAUGAUGAUUCUACCAUUACUGAAGGCGGCUGCUCUAGUUUGAACUCACAUCUGGUGUCGUCUUCGGAUGCCCUUGGCGGGUACGAAAGCACAAUGCCUUUGCCGGAGACAUCUUCUCCUUUGAUAAAACGUCCAGAUGUUGAAUCUGGAGAAUCUGCGUCAGACCAGUUGGGGUUACUAGAAAAUCCAUCUACCAGCGAAUCGUCUGAGAACAAGGAUGCCAAUGUACAACAAAUCGUUGCUGUACAGAAUAAUAUUGUAAACAAAGAUGAAACAGAUGAUUCAGAUGAUAUUCGCGAUGCGCUUCGAGGGGUCGAACAAAUGCAGCAAGCUCUCGAGUGCCCAACUUGCACUUCUGAUCAGUCCAAUCUUCGUUUAAGGCACCCUCACCAACAACUUGCUCAAGCUAGCGAGACGCCUGUGUAUACUGCUACCACAAAUGAAGGUCGUCCCGCUCCUGAGGCUGUUUCCGAGAUCACUGAUUCUUCCCACAAACGGAUACUAGAGCAACCCCAAAAAUCAAAUGAUGCACAAAAUGAAGAAGGUGUUAUCGUCGCCACACAGACCAAGAAACCCAUGGAAAUUUUUGUCGAAACAUCCUUUUUGUCCACGACUUUCUUGGAUGAGAGCGUAAGCGAUUGGGAUGAAAGUAGCAUGGAGGAAAUCAUUGCAUCAGAAAAAAAGGCAAGAAAAUUCAAGUGCUACAUUAUUGGCAAUGUCCUCUUGGCAAUUGUCAUUAUUGUUAUGAGCACUCUGAUUGCAUACUCUGUCAUUGGUGCAACAAGUUCUUCAAGCAGUAUGGCCAUUGUAGCUACAGAAGAGUCCGCCUCUUUGACUCCAAGCAACAGUCCCUCAGAUUCCCCAACAACCAUUGCUGCAUCGCAUAGCCCAAGCUAUAACCAUCAACUGACCCCAUAA